GCACAAAUAUCGAUGACGUCACGCGAAGUACACAAGACCAAGAAAAAUGUCUCUACCUUCACAACCCCAAGCUUAUGGUGCUGGCAUGGCAGGGGGGUCUUUUGACCCCGUAGAGUUUAUAAAAAGACCUCAAGUUAUUCUUCGGAUAGUUAGCUGGGUGUUCUCAAUUAUAGUCUUUGGUUGUAUAUCCGCGGGUGGCUACUAUGACCACAUGUGUCAGAUGAAUGACAGUGGUGCUUGUGGUUUCGGUGUCGGUAUUGGUGUGCUCGCGUUCCUCUUCUGUAUUGGCUUCCUGGUCAUAGAUGCUUUGUUUGACAACAUGAGCAGCGUGCAGCACAGGAAAUAUGCUGUCCUUGCAGAUCUUGGCGUCUCGGGUCUGUGGGCAUUCUUCUGGUUCGUGGGCUUCUGCUUCAUGGCUGACAUGUGGCGACGUAGUGCCAAUGAAAACCCUGCAGCCCUUGCCCCCAAUGGGCACGGCAAGGACAACGUACAGGCUGCCAUAGCAUUCUCCUUCUUCUCCAUCAUAUCAUGGGCAGCGUUAGCAUUCUUUGCAUUCCGGCGUUACCGUCAGGGCACAUCAGACACGCUGACAACAGGCUACGCUGGGGACCAACCGCAAAACCAGUCAUCUCCGUACUCUUCAUUCCCUGGCAGUGACGCCAGCGACCCGUACCAGCAGCCAUUCUCUGGACAGAAGAGUAGCGACAUUCCGGACUACCAGCCACCAACCUAUUAAUGCUGGUUAUAUUACAAAUCCCAGAAAUACAUUUUCUGCACUGAGAGAAGACCAACUUGUGUGGAGCUUUUUGAUGAUUGCUACAUUUUAACAUUUUUUAUAAGAUUCAUUAAUUAAGAUUAAAAUGUCUUCUGAAUAUGUAUCAAAAGGUUGAUACUGGUUUGGGUAUUAUAAACAAUUGUUUACGCAUGCAUGCAAUAUACUGGUACAGUAUAGGAGCCUUAACAACAGCGCUAUGAUGAUCAGAAUAUUGUGUAUUAAUGGCAGUAUCAUUAGUUGUAAUAUCUGUCAACAUUAAUGCUGAAAUAUUGAUUAAUCACCUGUUAGAGGAUUGUAUUUGACUGUUUAUGUCUGUAAUAUAGCUUGGACUGUCAGAGAUUAUUGAAUUAAUGCGUUGUUUUAUUUUGUAGACUAUAUAAUGCCAGUUAAGCUUUUGUUAAAGAUUUCUUUUUUUUUGAAACUAUUUCUUAUUGCUGAAUACUAGAUGAUAUAUAACACGUAUCAUUUGUCAUUUGUUGCCUUUUAUGAAACACUUAUCUCCCAUUGUUUCCAUCUUGCUUUUAGUUAUUUCAAAGAUUGCUCAGUUUCAUCAAUAAGAUUUUACAUUUUAACUGGUUAAUAAUGCUAGAUUAUAACUUUCAAAGUCUAUAUCAUAUUUGGUUAUUAUUUAUUUAAGUUUUUUGUUUUGUUCUGUAUAUACUGUGUUCACAUUUAUUAUUAUUAUUUUUUAUAUAAUAAUUCUUCCAUUUGUAUUAAAUCCAUCCAUUUGGCCAUAUCUAUCCAUAUCAUAGAACUCAGUGCACAAAUUGGAAUCAUUCUGAAGUUUUCUUCAUUUCAAAAUAGUGAUUUGCAUGGCCAACUGAAAUGUUUUCUUCUUUUACAUCUUUAAAAUUGUUAUGAUAAGUUUAUUAUUGUAUUAUUUGUAUUCUUCUGGUUAGUUUACCCAUUAACAAAUCUAAAUUUUUUCCUGUUUUGUGUGUUUAGCCUUUUUUGCUGAUAGAUGGCUAUUGAUUGAUAAUGACUAAUUUUGACAAAUAACUUUUACUUACAUGAAAUGUACAUGAUAAAAGAUUUAAAUAUCUUUUCAUAGAGUAUAAUUAUUUCUUCCGUACUUGUAGCAUAAAUCGAGGCACUUCGGUGAACAAUUCAAGGAAAAGUGAGUGGAAAUAUUUCAUUGCUCAUUUAAAAAGUGCUAGUAAGAAAUGUGCAAUAUUUGUGGUCAUGCCAAAAUUACGUUGUAUGUGAUAAUUGCUUACUUCCAUGGUGGUUCUUUAGAUGUUUGUCAAGCUAUAUGCAUUGGUUAUGUAAUAGUUACAUCACAACAUACUUACAUAUUUACAUUAUGAUAGGUCAAUAACUAAAAAAAACAUGUACCAGUGUCUUUAAUGUUAUAGCUGUUCAUUUAUGCUAAAUAGAAAAGGUCAUCUGACAGAUGUGUUAUUAUAUUCUGCAUAUUAGCUGUUAGAUCUGAUAAAAUCAAAAGAAUAUAUGGCAUGCUAAUAUUCUGUUUGCAGACUGUUUCAGUGAUAUACUCUUAUACCUUAUUCACUAGGAACUGGUUGUUUGUAAAGAUCUGUGGAAAAUCUAGAAGAAAUAACAGACACAAUUAUCAUCAUGAGACAGACAGGGUCUACAAUUACAGUGCAGUGUUUUGAAACUUGAUCAUUUAAAUGUCCCCUGUAUCCCAUUAUUUUACCUCAGAAGUAGAAAAACAAUGUAUCUAAUUCAAGAGAAGAAAUACAUGAUGUUGAUGUAGAUUUUUUUUAAUUUAUUUUUGCAAUUGCAUCAUCAUCCAUCAAAGGUUAUGAUUAAUGAUUUUGUUAUAUGUAUAUAAAUGAAAUACAGUUGGACCCAGUUGGCUCGAACUUGGUUGGCUCGAAUUCCUCGGUUGGCUCGAACUUGGUUGGCUCGAAUUCCUCGGUUGGCUCGAACUUGGUUGGCUCAAAUUCCUUGGUUGGCUCGAACUAUAUGUAAAGGACCGAUUUAUUUAUUCUGAACGUAAAUAAUCCUGCUUGGCUCGAUUUUGUCGAGGUUCGAGGUAUUCUUGCCUUUCCCUUGAAGUUCAAGCCAUCGGGGCCCGACUGUACAUGUCAAGUUGUUUAUGUUCGAUGCUUCAGGCUGUUGCAUUUCAUUCCAUGGCUAGCCAUUCCACUGUCAGACCACAUACUUGUUGUUUAUAUGCUGAAUGUCUUUAUUAAUGUCCAGGAAUAAAAAUAAAAAGACCACACACAACUGGAAGGGAAUAUCAAUGACAGAGAGGACGUUUGUUGAAUUUCUGUGUAAAAUUGUCAUAUGUUAAAACGAGAAUCACAUAAGAAACAUUACAUUGUGACAUCAUUUCAACCUGGGCCAACUGAAAGCUAAAUUACGUUUAUCAAGAAAUACAGGGAACAAAAUCUAUAUGAGAAACAAAAAUAUCAAAAUGGAUAUUUUCUCAGUGAAAAUGUAAUAGCAGAGAAAGAUCAUGGUAUUUCACUGAAAAAGUAUAGAAGAAAUCACAGUUAUAAUUUGUUGAAACAUUCUGAAUUAUUUAUUGUUUGUUAUUAACACUAUUAAGAUGAACAUUGCAUAUAAACAAUGCAUAAGUUACACAUAAAUACAUGUGUACACUUUUUUGUUAAAACAAACAUAGUUUACUGUAGAUGUGUGUAAUGUAUAGGUAGGUAAAAAUGUUGUCAUACUAACAUUAUGGGUAAUAUCGUUGUUAAUGGCGAAAUGAUAUGAAUUUGAUCUGUGUGUUUGUGUACUGUAAUUGUAUAUUUUAUUGUUAAGAUGUUUCACAGUUUAAUAUUACACUUAAGGACCUGCAUGUUAUAAUAAUGCAACAUAUUCGAAAAUGGCAUAUCCACUGAAGGACAAAACACUUUUAAAUUUGUUUUAAAAAAGAACAAGAUAAAAGUAAGUUAACAAUUUUAUAGUCUCUUAUAAGCUGAAAAAGGUUAUGACAUUAAAGCGAAUUAUAUUGCUAAUUUUGGAAUUAUUAACUGAUCAAUAUCAAUUAAUUAUCUGCCAACUUGUUUUUGAUAUGAAUAAUUAUUUUAGAAAAGUUUUCAUGCCUAUUGUAUUGACGUGAUUUUGUUGAGCAGUCCAAGUCCUCAUGUAAGCACAUGUUCUAUGGUUUCUAGUUAGACCAUUGUUGUUCUAUGCAUUGAUAAAACCCUGUAGAUUUAUCCAUACUUAUACUGUAUGUAGUAGUAGUUUGUUCAUUCUAUAUCAAUAUUUAACAUAUUUAUUGAGUGUUCUAAUUAAUUGUAUGACUCUAAAUGCAGUGGUUGAUCUGAGUUAUUGUGAGUUGAUGUGUAGAUUAAUUUAGAUUACAUUGUUAUGUUUCAAAUAUUUACAAGCAUAAUAACAGCAUUGAUAAACAAUAACAGCAAGCUGACAUCGCUAAGAUUUUAAUAAGCUUGUCUGUUUUUCACAGACGAGGUAUUGUGGUAGUCUUGGUGACGAGGUAUUGUGGUAGUCUUGGUGACGAGGUAUUGUGGUAGUCUUGGUGACGAGGUAUUGUGGUAGUCUUGGUGACGAGGUAUUGUGGUAGUCUUGGUGACGAGGUAUUGUGGUAGUCUUGGUGACGAGGUAUUGUGGUAGUCUUGAUGCCGUUGAGAUCUCCCUCAGCAUUGGGCAAAACUUCCUAGCAAUAACUCAAAAACCAUUCAAGAUAUUUAAAUGAAACUUGAUACACAUGAAACCAGAGACAAAACGCACAUAGCAAGGGAAGUAACUCCAUCAUUAAUCAACACGAGUUAUGGGCUGUUUGACUGAAAACAGCAACAGAAAAUAGACGAGCAUUGGUGCUUCCUCCACAACGCUCUUGUUUUUAUUUAAGGGUUACGGUAUAAAAUAAAAUGAUUUCCUUCUAAUUUUUUUCGAAUAUGCUAAUGCUUCUAUAUUUCUUUAGUAAAUAAGUAUAAAUUAAUCAGUGGAUUAAAAACAGAAACUUCUUUUUUUCAAAGCUUUUAUCAUUCCAAAUUAAAGCACAUGUUUAGAAGGAGCAAAUGUAUCUGUACUGUAAAAAUCUCAGUACUUACCACACAUUAUUCUGAAUAUUUUGAUAGGUUAUUGUUUGCCUGAGAUGUUUCAGCAUCACAAUGAAUGUACAUGUUAGGUACUAGAGGGUAGAUUGUUGUGUGACGUGUGUCUUCAUGUUGUCUGAUAAUCCCAUCCUGACCUCAUUCCUGGCACCCAUGCUGGGGCACAGCCACGUCCAUCUUUCAUUCACAUAACGGUUAUUAUAACGACUAUGUUGUCAAUAAACAGUCCAGGAUUUGACUAUCCA